AGUGGUGGGGCAGUAAAAAUUAUCAAAAAAUCUCUUCCUUUUCCUGCAUUCGUCAUCGCCUACUUUGAAGUUGAAGUUUGUUGCGUGAAAUUUGGUGCAAAUCUGGUGAAAUUUUCGCGGGGGGCGUCAACCGUAAAUAAUUAAGCGAGAUGUCGAACCCGUUUGACGAUCCGGACGAGGGUUCGUCGGGGAUGUUGCUGCUGCGGAACGACGCGGAGAUUCUGGAGGGCUUCCUGUGUCCGAUCUGCAAGGCGGACCUGAAGACGCCGGAACGGUUGACGGCCCACGUCGAGCAGCAGCACUCGGAGGAGCAGGACCUGCUCAAGUCGCUGCGGGAGAUGUUUAGCUUUGCGAAGAAGAAGAUUCUGAACCUGGACGAGACGGCGAGCGAGCUGGCGCGGAAUCUGGACAGUUCGCUGGGGCAGGGGGGAGGUGGUGUGAAGGUGGAGAAUCCGAUAUUGGCGGCGGGGCAGGUUGUGGGUACGGAUUGUGACCAUUUGAGUUACUUUAAGGCGGUUCGGAAUCCGAGGUUGGAGCGGUACGCGACGGAGACGAAUAAGCUGAUAAUUCGGUUGGACAAGCUGCUGGACGGGUUGCCGUCGGAUCCGGACGCGCGGAAGCGGCACGAGCAGAGCAAGGUUCCGUGGAUCGACGGGAAGUUGGUGAAGCUGUGUCCGAGUUGCGCGAAGGGAUUCGGGUUGACGCGGAGGCAGCACCACUGCCGGGUUUGCGGAUCGGUCAUGUGCGACGGAUGUUCGUUUCACUUGUCCUUUGACGAGGCUCGGAGUAUUGUGCAGCCGGUGAGCCCUGGGACGGAGGUUGCUCCGAGGCCGACUCCAGCUCCUGAGGAGAUGUCCUCCAAAGAUCGUGACUCGUCCGGAUUCAGGGUUUGUGAGCACUGUUUGCACCUGCUGAUGAACCGCAAGGAGAUGCAGGACUCCCGGUCGGAUCGACCUCCGGUCACGAAGCUGUACGAGAAGCUGCUCCAGGAAAAGCGCGAAAUCACUCCGGAUAUUCCAAUGUACGAAAAGAUCAUCGGCAGUCUGUACGAAGGCGACGCCAUCUACCGCCUCUCGGACGCGAGCGCCCUCCGCGAGAAGAUUGGCCGCGCCGCCGAACGCAUCGACAACAUCAGCAAAGCCAUCCUGGCGCUCCCAUUCCCGCAAGGAUCCCGCGAAGAGUCCCUCAAAAAAUCAAUCCGCCUGUCCUGCAUCGCCUACAUCAAGGAGCAAAUGCUCUCCACUCCGCCGCUCCCCGCCGAGGACGAAAUCAAAAAGAUCCAAGCCCGCAAAAAGCAGGAAACGGCCCGCCGGAUCGAGCGCGAACGCCGUCUCGCCCUGGAAGCCUACGAACGGUACGAGCUCCAAUCGGAAUCCUACGCCACCAACGGCAGUUCCAGCUCCAGCACGGCCUCGACCGCCGAAAUGACCAACGGGCGGUUCUACCCGGCCCCCGCCACCGGAACCGACCAGUGGAGCGGCUUCCAAACGGCCACCGUGAACGUGUCGGCCAGCGCCGAUCCGCUCAUCGACCAGAUCAACAUCGUCAAGGGGUACAUCCGGCAGGCCCGGGAAGCGAUGCGCUUCGAGGAGGUCGAAACGCUGGAGCGGAACCUGAGCGAGCUGACGCAGGAGUUUUACGAGCGCCAGCGGAGGAACGCCCAGGAGGGCGGGGGUCCGGUUAGAAAUUAGUGUAUUACAUGUUGAGUUAUCUAGCGCUGAAGAUAUUCCAAAAAAGUUUAGCUAAACUUGGCUAAUUUAAACUUCAAACGUGAAUUCCUGCAAUUUAUCAGCUGUAAGUUAUCAAACUGCGAAUAUUUAUUGAAAAUAAAGCAAUUUAUACCACUUCAAA